UCACGACAGUUCUUACGCGAUAGUGUAGUGAUAUCACCUGUUAUCAACACAAUAUUUGCGAAAAUGAUGUGGAAAGCAGCAACGGAUGUGGCUGCCCCAGCACUAGCCGAGGCUGACGAUUGGGAGACCGAUCCAGACUUCGUGAACGAUGUCACCGAGCACGAGCAACGAUGGGGCCCUGGGGGACGGAACGUUGAAGCUAUCGACAUGGCGAAGCUUAGAGAAGAAGUUUUUGAAGCCGAUAAAAUGGAGAAACAGAAGCAGUAUGAGAAAGGACCGAAGCCUUCUUUUGGCUAUGGAGGAAAGUUCGGGGUACAAGCCGAUCGUAUGGACAAAUCGGCUGUGGGCCACGACUACGUCGGCAAAACUGAGAAACACGUCUCCCAAAAAGAUUAUGCUCAAGGUUUCGGCGGCAAAUUCGGCGUGCAAACUGACCGAAUGGAUGCAUCUGCCGUGGGGCAUGACUACGUGGGAACCGUGGACAAGCACGAGUCGCAGACGGACUACUCGCGCGGCUUCGGUGGCAAAUACGGCGUGCAGACUGACCGCGUUGACAAGAGUGCCGCCGGCUGGGAACAUCGCGAGCAAAUAGAGAAGCACUCCUCUCAAAAGGACUACGCCGCGGGCUUCGGCGGCAAGUUCGGCGUGCAGGCCGACCGCCAGGACGCGAGUGCGCUCGGCUGGGACCACAGAGAAGACGCGCACCACCACCACUCGCAGAAGGACUACGCCAUCGGCUUCGGCGGCAAGUUCGGCGUGCAGACCGACCGCCAGGAUGCGAGCGCCGUCGGCUGGGACCACCAGGAGAAGACGCCCGCGCACGCCAGCCAGGUCGACCACAAGAAGAAGCCCGAUAUCGGCGGCGCCAAGCCCUCGUCUAUUCGCGCCAAGUUUGAAAACAUGGCCAAGGAGAAGGAACAGGAAGCCCUACAGUCAGUGCAGAGGAUAAGACAGCAAAGGGAACAAAUGGACAAGGAUUUAUCGCAAAAGGAAAAAGACCGGCUAGCCAAAGAGAAGGAAUCCCAACCUGAAAUCGAACCAGCACCAGUAGAAAAACUCCCAGAGCCCGCCGAAGUCAAACCACCGCAGCCAAUACUGACACACACACAAGUGGAAACCAAACCAAUACAGACCAAGGUGGAGGAAGACCCGGUGGCCCAAGAGAUCAACAAAGUGAUGGAAGCCAGUGAACCGAAGCAAGCUAAUCUGCCUGACGUCACGCUGGUUGGCGAUAAAGAGCAUAAAGAAGAGAUAACUCGUCAGCCUACGAUAGUGGUGUCCCCUGUCGGUUGGGAAGGCUCUCUCUCGGGCGAGGCGGAGGGCGAGGGCGACGAUGAAGACGGAUACACGGCGCGCGCCCUGUACGACUACCAGGCCGCCGCGCCCGAUGAGAUCUCCUUCGACCCUGAUGACGUCAUCACCAACAUCGUCAUGGUGAGUGCGAGUUUGUACCCAGUGACUAAGGAAUAUGGUGCAAAAUCCGGUGCGGAGGGCGAGGGCGACGACGAGGACGGGUACACGGCGCGCGCCCUGUACGACUACCAGGCCGCCGCGCCCGAUGAGAUCUCCUUCGACCCUGAUGACGUCAUCACUAACAUUGUCAUGGUGACGGAGGGCGAGGGCGACGAUGAAGAUGGAUACACGGCGCGCGCCCUGUACGACUACCAGGCCGCCGCGCCCGAUGAGAUCUCCUUCGACCCCGAUGACGUCAUCACCAACAUCGUCAUGGCCGCCGCGCCCGAUGAGAUCUCCUUCGACCCUGAUGACGUCAUCACCAACAUUGUCAUGUCCGCCGCACACGACGAGACCUCUUUCGACCGCCUGACGUCAUCACAACAUCGUCAUACGGAGGGCGAGGGCGACGACGAGGACGGGUACACGGCGCGCGCCCUGUACGACUACCAGGCCGCCGCGCCCGAUGAGAUCUCCUUCGACCCUGAUGACGUCAUCACCAACAUUGUCAUGGUGACGGAGGGCGACGACGAGGACGGGUACACGGCGCGCGCCCUGUACGACUACCAGGCCGCCGCGCCCGAUGAGAUCUCCUUCGACCCUGAUGACGUCAUCACCAACAUCGUCAUGACUGCCACACACGGCGAGACCUUCUACCCCGAUGACGUCAUCACUAACAUUGUCAUGGUAAGAGAAAUUGUGCCUAGUGUCCAGGACAUUAAGUGCACAGUCCGCGCGGAGGGCGAGGGCGACGACGAGGACGGGUACACGGCGCGCGCCCUGUACGACUACCAGGCCGCCGCGCCCGAUGAGAUCUCCUUCGACCCUGAUGACGUCAUCACUAACAUUGUCAUGGUGACGGAGGGCGAGGGCGACGAUGAAGAUGGAUACACGGCGCGCGCCCUGUACGACUACCAGGCCGCCGCGCCCGAUGAGAUCUCCUUCGACCCCGAUGACGUCAUCACCAACAUCGUCAUGGCCGCCGCGCCCGAUGAGAUCUCCUUCGACCCUGAUGACGUCAUCACCAACAUUGUCAUGUCCGCCGCACACGACGAGACCUCUUUCGACCGCCUGACGUCAUCACAACAUCGUCAUACGGAGGGCGAGGGCGACGACGAGGACGGGUACACGGCGCGCGCCCUGUACGACUACCAGGCCGCCGCGCCCGAUGAGAUCUCCUUCGACCCUGAUGACGUCAUCACCAACAUUGUCAUGGUGACGGAGGGCGACGACGAGGACGGGUACACGGCGCGCGCCCUGUACGACUACCAGGCCGCCGCGCCCGAUGAGAUCUCCUUCGACCCUGAUGACGUCAUCACCAACAUCGUCAUGAUCGACGAGGGUUGGUGGCAAGGGCUUUGCAAGGGUGCAUAUGGUCUGUUUCCCGCCAACUACGUACAGCUACAGGACAAAUAAACACGCUACAGCGCCAUCUACUCACAUUCCUACUGAACUAACGAAGGUAUGCAGUUCACAUCGAUCAAGGUAGAUUUAUAGCAAAAGUUGUUGUGAUUGGUUGAGCAUGACCCUAUUAAUUGGUUUUAUUAUCUUCUCUUUAAAAAUGUCUAGAUAGUGAACCAGUAUUUCUAGUCUCUGGUACAGUUAGUACGAUUUUUUAGGUAUAGAUAACCCACGCUGAACUGUCCCACCAAACUCAAUGACAGGGGGGCGCUACCAUCGUUCAACUUUAUGGUUUCCAACAUAGCAAAAAUCUGAACCAGCGAUCCGGUAUUGACGGUGGCGCCCCACUGUCAAUGUCAUGCAUAGGACAGUUCAGUAUUUUGGAACUAUAUACAAA